ACGCGUUCGCUUUGUUCCUUUCGGUUGGUCCGGUGGUUUUGCUUUUUUGUUUCCUGAGUCCACAGAGUUCAAGUGUGUGUGAUCCGCGUUCAGGAUGGAAUCUGUGCAUUGCAGCAACGCUGAGAUUGAUAAGCAGCUUGAGAAACCAUGUGAGAAUACCGGUUCGCACAAUGGUUCGAAAAAUGGGCUGCACAAUGGUUCCCGCAACGGUUCGCAAAUCGGAAGUAUAUCCGGAGAUGGGAUGAUUGAAAGCCCCGCGAUGGAGCCACGCGCCAACCGUGCGUCUAUAAUAUCGGUCAGCUCCGAAGACGUGAGCACGGCUGCAGUCAACUGGUUCGGGAAGGAUUGCUGCGGUGCCGAAGCGAACAAUCCUGCCUUCAAACGCGGACGUCAGAUUCAGCUGAUGCAGAUGAUCAUACUUCCGUUCAUACCAAUCCUGGCGCUGAUCAUACAAACUUCGUACGAAAUGAUUGACAUCGUGAGCUACAGAAUGGAGGCCACGGAGAUCGAGGGCCAAGUCACGAUGGCGACCGACCUGGGGAAGGUUGUUACCAGGUUGCAGCAGGAACGAUCGGAUGUGGCGUUUUUCAUCUACACCAAUGGGAGUACACUGCGGGGAAAUUUAACCAGAGGUUUCCUAGAGACGGACCGAGCGCUAGAAAAUAUGUCUUCGUGGCCUGAUCUCAUGAUUGCAACACCGAACGAUGGGAAAGUCACUUGGUUGAACAUGAGUGAAUUCCGAGAGGAGUUGGUGGAUUUCAGGGAAAAUAUUUGUUCGGAGAACAGCACGGUUAGAGAUGUGCUGCACUGGUAUACGACCGUGAAUGGAGCCCUGCUGGAGCACUUGACCAAUCAGAUAAAGGAUGCGAACAAGAGUGGCGUUUGGCGAUUCCUGCUGAGUUUCAAAAAUAUGCUGAAGAGUAUCGAAAGUUUGGAUAUAUCGUCGGUAUACGGAAUCAAUUACUACGGACGAGGAUUUCUGCGACCGGAUCAUUAUGUGACAUAUAUUCAGCAUGAUAUUGUCGGGAAAGAGUUACUAAAUGGCUCGUUGAAUUAUAUCCCGAAGUUGAAAAUGAUGUACAAAAAUUUAACCCGGGGGAUGAGAAACUAUGGGAAGAUCAAAUUGUGGAGCGCAACGAUCCGAUUGAACGCCCAAAUACCGGCGAAUAUUACCACGGCUCGGGCUUACUACGAAGCAAUGGCAUCAUACAUUGAUGAGUUGAGAAAGUUGCAGUACAAGAUUAGAUGGAUUAUUCGGGAGGAGGUGCGUAAAGUUCUCCAGAAAGCGGAUCGAAUGGAGACAUUUGGCAUUGCAAUUCUUGUCGUAGUCCUGAUUGUGUCCCCCAUAAUCAUCGUCUUGGUUCGCAAUGCAGCGGCCACCAUCCAAAUGUAUGCCGUCAAUUUGGCACACAAAGCGAUCGAACUGAAACGGGAGAAGCGUAAAUCCGAUUCGCUGCUGUUUCAAAUGCUUCCUCCACACGUGGCCACCCAACUGAAGCAGGCACGAAACGUUCCCGCAAGGUACUAUCCAGAAGUGACGGUUUUCUUUAGCGACAUUGUUGGCUUCACUGAAAUUUCUGCUGAGUGCACACCUAUGGAGGUGGUUGCUUUCCUGAAUGACAUCUAUGAAAUGUUCGACCGGCGCAUCGAAAGCUAUGAUGUGUACAAGAUUGAAACUAUUGGUGAUUCGUACAUGGUUGCGUCCGGGCUGCCGGUGCCGAAUGGCAACAAACACGUUUCGGAAAUCGCUACCAUGGCGCUGGACUUGCUAGACGCCUCCUGUUGCUUCAGUAUUCCACACAAAGCUAACGAGCCGGUGCAGAUUCGAGUUGGAAUACACACGGGCUCAGUGGUGGCAGGAAUCGUUGGAACAAAAAUGCCUCGGUAUUGCUUGUUUGGGGACACCGUCAAUACCGCCUCCCGAAUGGAGUCCACUGGAGAAGCCCUCAAGAUCCACAUCACAGCGGAGAUGAACAACGCACUGAUGAAGAUCGGCGGCUUCAAGACCGAGCACCGGGGUUUGAUCGACGUCAAAGGCAAAGGUUUGAUGGACACCUACUGGCUGACGUGCAAAGAGGCUACACCACCGAAGGAAGACGGUGAGGUGGCCUGGUAUGCAGACAUGCAACCCGUGUGCCUGAAGGUUGUAUAAGCAGCAGUCGAUAACCGCCCCAAAAUAAUGGCGACUGAUUUCCCGCACAAAUGAUCCGAGCAAUUAGUGAUUUAGUGUAGAACCUUUUUUUUAAGUGUAACGCUGCUCUGUAUUUGUAGAGUGCAUCUACCUCUACGUCGGUGUGUAGAUUAUGAAAGUCUGGUUACUCAAAAUAUUUCGUAUACACACAUAUAUAUAACUAUAUUUACAACGACAAAAUAACGGUGGGAAACACCCAAGCCAAAGAUAAGAUUGAUAUGUGC